ACCACCAACAGGUUAGCAACACGCCACUUGUGCAUACCAAUAAUGUCGCAAUACAUUGAGAGUUUGUUCAGCACUUCAGUACAGGAGUCAGUUCAGGCUGCUGUCACUUUAAACAAGCCGUUGUUUGUGUAUUUGGCCCGAGAUAGCCGAGCUGAUAGCGACACUAGUUUUCUUGAUAAGUUUAUCGACAGCCAUAUCAGUGCAGUACUAAAGGAUAACUUUGUAUUGUUGAAGCUAGUGGAGAACACCACCGAAUACGGUCAGUUUAAUCAGAUUUACACUCGUUUGGUGGUUCCUAGUUUUAAUAUCAUAUGGCGUGGUAAAGUCAUUGGGGAAAUUACUGAGAGCAAAUCAAAGCAUUCUUUUCGAAUGUUGGUUGAAACAAUAGCAGAGAAUCUUGGUGGCACAAUAACACGAACUGCACCGCCUCCAUCUACAACUACAACAACCACGUCGUCGCCGUCAUCAUCAUCAUCAUCAUCAAUACCUUCAUCUACACCAGGUCGAGCUUCUCCAGGCGGUAUCGUGUCUUCGGGCAAAUCAGCUGAAAAGGUACAAGAAGAACACGAACUAAACGUCAAGAAACACAAACUUCAAGUGGAGCAAAUUAGAAAAGACCAAAUAGAAGAAAAGAAGAGAUUACGAGAACUUUUAAAAGCCGAUCAACGGGAACGUGAACUUCUAAUGAAGGAACAAAAGGAAAUUUCGCCGCAACUUGAACCGACAAAAUCAAAUGAAAAGCCAAUCCAUACUGAUGAAGGGAUGUGUAUGUUGUCUAUAAAACUAUUUGAUGGAAGUUCUAUUAAGCAAGAAUUUAAAUCAGAGGAUACCUUACACGAUGUGAGAACAUGGUUGGAUCUAGAAGUUGGAAUAAUUCCUUCGAAUGAAACCAUGCCUGCGUUUGCCAAGAGUUCUUACCCGCAUCCAGUCAAUUAUGCCUUUCAUAGACCAGUAUUACCAAGAAUCACAUACUCUGAAGAGCAAGAAUCACAGUCUUUACUUGAACUUGAAUUGACUCCGAGAUCGGCCUUGAUUUUAAAACCAAUAUAUCAUGAACCAGAAUCCACCAGUGGUGAUGGCAACCCACAAAGUGUCGGAUAUAUCAGAAGAGCUUUUGGGGUUGUGGGAACCAUAGGGAGAGCACUUUACUCCUUUUUCGAUUACGGAACGGGACCCGCGCCCGCAUCAUAUCAAGAAGAGGAUCACGACGACCCCGAACGUCCAGCACCCGAAGUAACUCUUGGCUUAAUCGAUGACAUUCAACAAAUUGGAUUGGGCCACCCAGCCCAUACAAUUGUGAUGGAUGACCGCGCCCAAUCCCAAUCGUCAUUAUUUAAUAUCGAACAUCCGAAUAUUAGAGCUACAAGAGAAAUCAUCAAUUCACGGCCAACAUCACCAAGAUUGGGAAGUGCUGGUUCUGAUUCUAAUCGCGCUUCGGCAUAUCCUAGUCGAUCAAGUACACCUAGACCCAGUGGAGUUAAUAGAAUUCAAAUGUUUCAAGACGAAGAUAAAAAGGGGGUUGAUACAUACAAUGGUAAUAGUGUUAAUUUAAAUGAGCGGGAUGACAAUGACCUGGAAUAGUGUUUGUCUGUCGGUUUAUCGGUCUAUUUCGUAUUUAUCGUAUAUAAAGUUUUUCUAGUAAAUUAAUUAGUGACUAAUUC